UGAGUGUCUGGACUGCCAGUUGAUUCACACACUGAAUUUCAAAUACAGAUCAAACAUUUAAGAGCGACUCAAAAAAACACAAAAAUGGAUGCUGAUGAAAGCUUUCUGACUCAACGGUCGCUGCUAAUGGAUGUUAUGAAGCAGCUGGAUGAUCUCCAGAAUGCCAAUAAAAUGGACACUGGCACCAAGGGCAAGGAGGAGAAGAAGCCGGAGGUAGAUCCUUCCGAAGGUGUUACCGAUACCAACUUCACGGUAUUUGCCCGCGACAUUCGCAAGAAAUCCUCACGAUUCUUCAAAAGGGUCCAAAAGAUGUCGAAUAUCAAUCAAAUAUCCUUCAUGCGCCAAGUCGACGUAUCGCCGAAGGAUCGAAUCGAAGCUCGACGAGAUCGCGAAACUGUUGCAGACAGUUUUCGACGAUUGGGCAACGAGGAGUACCGCCGCACUAACUAUGAAAAGGCUGUUUACCAUUAUUCCAAGGCAAUUCAGUAUGUGUCUUAUUCGCCAGUUCUUUAUUGCAACCGGGCUCUGGCCAAAAUAAAGAAAAGGGAUUUCAAAAUGGCGCUCUUUGACCUGGACUAUGUCAUCUUCAAACUCGAUCCAUUACACUUGAAGGCCUGGCUCUACAGAGCAGGAGCUCUUGCUCGUUUGAAUAAUGAGUCUGAAUUUGAAGUCGCCAUUGCCACUGCUAGACUUCUCAACAGAUCACCAAAGGAUCAAAAAUACAUAGAAUAUUUUUUGGAGAAAUUUAAAUCAGAAUUUUAGAAUGGACUGCAGAACUAUUUUCUCAUUUCUUUAGAGUUUGUACCGCGAGUGAGAAUUGGAAAUCAUUUUCACUGGAAGUCGCUUGUGAAAAGCAAUAAAAACAUAUCAA